CACUCACAGAGGAUCGUCGAAGUGGAAUCGUGUUUGUUCAUCCUUCUUGAAACAACCCUAACAACCAACUUCAUCCUUUAUAGGAAAACAUGGACAUAUACGCCAAAGACCUAAAGAAACCCAAGCCAGCUUUGUUUUGUAACGUAAAGAUCUUUGUGCUGUGUCAUGGCCUGCUCCAGGUCACUCAGCUGUUAUACAGCUCUUACUUCAAGAGCACCAUCACCACAAUCGAGAGACGCUACGGCCUGGACAGCCUCUCCUCAGGAACCAUCUCUUCCCUCCAUGAGGUAGGGAACACAGUGUUCAUAGCAUUUGUUAGUUACAUGGGUAACCGGGUUCACCGACCCCGAUUCAUUGGACUGGGGGGUGUGCUAAUGUCCAUCAGUGCCAUAAUCUUAGCUCUACCUCACUUCCUGUCCCAGCCCUACUCCUAUGACUCUGUCCUGCAUGCGAGCAAAAACGACAUGUGUUAUUUGCGUGCGAAUGCAACGGGGGCUGAGGCGUGUGCUCAGGAGGAUUCACGGAAGCUUGAGGACACCAGUAAAUUCUGGGUGUUAAUGGCUACGGCCCAGCUGCUGUUCGGAAUCGGUUCUGUCCCCAUCCAACCCUUUGGGAUAUCUUAUAUAGAUGACUUUGCAGGAGCUGGGAAUUCUGCUCUCUAUAUUGCCAUUCUCUUUGCCGUGUCAGUCUUUGGGCCGUCCUUUGGAUAUCUCCUGGGCUCUGUAGUUUUGCAGAUUUAUGUGGACGUGGACAAAGCCAGCGCAGGGGAGGCAUUGGAGUUGACCCCUGAUGACCCUCGAUGGGUCGGAGCAUGGUGGAUGGGUCUGCUCAUCACUUCUGGAGGUCUUGCUCUCACCUCAGUCCCUUACUUCUUCUUUCCCAGAGCACUUGAUGUAGAGAAGUCUUUUGAAUUGGAAGGUGACAUCAUCAAAGAAGACCCCAAGAAGACAGAGGGCUCCAUGCUGGAUUUCUUAAAAAUGUUCCCUAAGAUGUUUGCUAAGCUGCUGAUGAGUCCUGUCUUCAUGCUGCUGGUUCUAUGCCAGUGCUGUUUCUCCUCUGUAAUCGCUGGAAUCGCCACCUUCUUUAGCAAGUUCCUGGAACGGCAGUACAGUGCCUCUGCGGCCUACAGCAGCCGUCUUAUUGGUGCUUUAAUCCUGCCGUCCAUUGCUGUGGGGAUGGUGCUCGGGGGUCUGAUCAUGAAACGCUGGGGGUUGUCGUUCAGAGCCAUUCCACGCUUCUCUGUUGUAAUGCUCACCAUCUCCGUCUUCUGCUGUGUGCCCCUCUUCUUCAUGGGCUGCUCCACGCAAGAUGUUGCUGGUGUUUAUCCCACAACAUCUGAUGUCAUUAAUGGGCCUCAUCUGUCCUGUAGUGCCAAUUGCUCAUGUCCCAGCAGCGCCUUUAACCCAGUGUGUGGAGAAAACAACAUUGAAUACAUCUCACCCUGUCAUGCUGGGUGCACAAACUUCACCAUGGAUCCAGAGAACCCUUACAGAAUUCAGAAUUAUAGUAAUUGCCUGUGUAUUCCUGGUCUGGCCACAGCCAAACCUGGCUCUUGUGCCAACACCUGCCCUCACUAUCUCCUGCCUGUAAUGCUCCUUAUAUCUCUGGCCGGAUUUAUUGCCAGCCUAUCACACAACCCCAUCUACAUGAUGGUGCUCCGGUCAGUUCCACCAGAAGAGAAAUCCUUUGCCAUAGGGGUUCAGUUUCUGCUUCUGCGGGUUCUGACCUGGCUGCCAGCUCCAGCUCUUUUCGGGAUGACCAUAGACUCCACGUGUAUCUGGUGGAAAAUUGCUUGUGGAAAAAAGCAAGGAUGUGGUUACUAUGACAACAACCUCCUUAGAAACAGGUAUUUAGGACUUCAGGUGGGCUAUAAGACAUUAGGCAUUGCACUCCUGGCAUUCAUUGGCUGGAAAAUGCACCGGUCCAGAGAGUACAGCUUAGAGAAAAAGCCAGAGGGACCCCUGUGAUGCCUCAACCCUGCUUAGUUUCGUGGCUAGAAACCCCAUCCUUCCAAUACCUGGCUGGAAAUGGGAUUCAUUCAGUUUAGGAUAUUUCUCAAGUUGUAUGCUACAUUCUUGAGUAUUUAUUUCUGCCUGCAUUCAAGUGGGGCCAUAACUGGACACAUUCAAGGACUUUCCACCUUCACUGUUAAUUUUGGUAUUAACAAAUAUAUAUAGUGCUCAAAACAACUGAUCAUACUCAUAGUCACAGUUUUCAUUAGCAGAUUAUUUCGCAUUUAGGAUUGUGGCACCUUUGGGGAGGACACAAACAUAAGAUAAAUUUCGAUAUACUGUAUUGUCUGUAACUUUGAUUAAUAUAUAAUUGGAUCAUGUUUCAAAAUGGUUUAAAGGUUUUAUUUGAAGAGUAUGUGAAGGAUGUGAGAUGCUCUUUAUUACCAAAUGCACACAGAUACACGAGUGUGUCAAAUAUCAAACUGAGUUGAGGUGUGUAGCUUCAUAUGUCUAUAGUAGCCUGAGCAGAUUUAAAAUGUUACUUCCAAAUGUGAAGACAUUUUGAAAAUAGGCAUCAGAUGUUUGUAAAAUAUAUUUUUAUACUAGAUAUUGUCGUUGUAUUGUAUCUUUUGUGCAUACUUUGUUGUUGUUGUUGUUUUGCUUAAUACAAAUGACAAAUUGCUUUUCUAAUUGCUGCUUGGAGUAAUGAAUCAUAACUUUCUAAGUCUUUAUUAUGCAAUAUGUAACAUUUAUUUACCAAUGUAUAAGUUAUUUCAAAUAUAAAAAUUGUUCACAA